AUGUCUCUACCAUCGUACAGGAUGGAGGCUCCUCGUCCUCGUCCACCACCCCUGCCAUUACGCACUCGCAAUCUGAAGUCGCCACAGCCGGAGAACAGAGACUCCUACAAUCCUCUCUUAUACGAUGCGUCCCCCACCGUCCCUAAGUCGCCUUCCGGGACCAUUUCGCCUACACGACUGAGGUCGCCCACGUCCCCAACAAUGCGUUCCCGCUCCAGGACGGGAGGUAGGACACCGCCUCACAGUCGACCUCGAUCAAUCACACCCUCGCAACCCGGUCGGAACGAACUUGGGGAGUUUGCAGAACAUUGCCGAGCUUGGUACUUUGAACAGGACGAUGAUGCAGGGCGUCUGAUGACACAAACCCUCGCUACCUUGCCUCCCUCCCAACGGGCACCUUUUGCCAGACUUCAGGCUUCAAUCCGCUCAGCCUAUCACGCUAGCGUCAACGCGCGUAGAGACGCUGAGUUCAAAGCGCAUCUGAGCGCCACGCACCCGGGAUGCUCUCUCAUGCCUCAUUCCCGCGCUGACCCUAACGGGCAGCUGGCCAAGAAGGAGCGCUACGACCGGUUAGAGCGCUUCGUCAAAACAUGGUGCACCACCGGCAUGCCUGGCACGAAACCAACAUUUGGGGGAGCUGGAGGAUAUAGAAUCGAAUGGGAAAUUGAUGAUGCGGUGUUCAAGGAAGCAGCCGGCAAAGAUUUCAUGCUGGAAGCUAUCGAUGUGCUCAAAGGGGUACUUGCGUUCGAAGAAACACCCUCCGGCAGGAGAUCUACAUCGCAAAGCGAAUCCGUUCACUACUCGGCUUUCGCUCCACUGUCCACAAUACAUUCUCGGUCACAAUCCCAACCACUCCCCGCAGAUAUCUCCGUGGCACUGUCGCAGAAGGCUCCACCCAUCACAUCGACCACACAGACGAAACGAUCCCGUCCUCGGGCUCCGAGUGAUCCCUUCUUGGAUACACCUACUCUGUCGACAUCGUACUCUUCCGCUAAUACCAUAGCGCACCUCUCGACAUCUGGUACAACGUUGGCGGAUGAACCAAAUAGUCCGUCGAGUCCUGUUGUUGAAGGAGAUGACUACUUCCCGCCCAUGUCCACUGGCUUAGAGUUGCCCGAGUCUGACGGAUUCAUGCGCACUUGGGCCGCCCCCGACCUUUCGAACCCCGAAUACAUCUCCUUACUCUCGGUGUUCCCCCCCUUCAUCACCCACAAGGCGUUGCCACGUUUUCCCGUUCAACCUAAAGCGAGACGAUCCGCCGACUUAGAGGAAGGCGACGAAUCUCAAGACGAGCAGAAGCGUAUCCGCGUCGGUACCGGGACCAUGUGGGUGGGACCAAAGUUCCGCUCUCCCGGCUGGAACGGUGGUUGGUGGACGCGCUUCAGGCUUUGGCUACGGGGCAUAUUCUGCUAG